AUGACUACGAACCGUGCUUCUGAGCGAUUUCUUUUUGUCAACGAUACUGUACUACUUGCCUUAAUUAAUAACCCUAAUGUUCUCGAGCAAUUGGACACCGACUGUCCCGUCCGGGCUGCUGCUUUAGAGUUGCAGGCCGCCCUCAGUCUCUCCGACAGCCUUGCCUCUCAGAAUAAUCCUCCCUUCGAUGCUUCAUCCGUACCCACUACACCGCCGCGAGCUUCUGGUGUCAGGAGCUCUCGAAGCUUCAGUCUCGACGACGCAACCCCGUCCCGCUCGUCGCAGGCGUCGGCCGCGGAUAUUCCCUGGUCAGCGCUGUCACCAAAGUCCCAGCAGGCGCUCAGCAUAUUUAUGAAUGCGUCCGCCGAAGCUCUGACGCACGAGUCGGCGGACGAGACCGUCACGGCUGAUGGCUCGCCGAAAGCUCGUCGCGGCCGCGGUCGCCGAGCUGCCCCUCCGCCUCCGCCUCCCGAUGACCCGCCUCCACCUCCACCGCCGCCCAAUGUUGCCGGACAUAAUUGGACGGAAGAUUGUGCGCGCGGCGGUAAGGACGGCAAGAAAUCGAAGAACAAGGGGGCGCGUGCUCGUGCCAAUAUCGAGCGCGAGUGGACCGAGUCGGUUACGGGAAACACCAAAAUCCCGGCCGCCUGCACGUCCCUACUUAACCGAUUCGCAAACGUUAACCCGGCACGCUACCACCACUGGUUAUCCUCUGUUCUUUCGGUCGGCCACAUUGAUCAACCUACGACUGAAACUGGAGAGCAAGACAUCGUAGCUCUGGCAUCUUCGUACCUGGCUUCAGUCCAGUUCUCUGGAUCAACUGUCGCGAGCGAGUUUUGGUUGAUGCUCUCGUCGGCCGAGUGUGCGCUUGCAGCCCAACAAGUGUGGAAGGACAACGACGUACCGCUCUCUGCUGCUCAGCGCAUUCAGCAAGAAAACAAGGCCCGGCGACGCGAGGAAAGCAACACCAAGGCUGGCCGCCUAUCUGCGAAGCGCAAGCGGACCAAGCAACCUGUACCGCUCAAAGCUCGCAAAGAUGAUGUGCCCGUCAUAUCUGAUCUCUACGAAUUCCUCUGCGCUCAAGCUCCGAUCGCAAUGGGUACUCCCUCCCAACACGGUCAGAAGGCAUUUCGAGACGCGUACGACAACGGUCUCAAAUACCUUUGUCUCAUUGCUGGAGCUGGCAUCCCGGGUCUUGUCUUAGCUGCAGGCCUUGGACUACGGCAGAAGAUCAAUAAACUGCUUAUCAACGAACCCCGCUUGCUCGCUGACGCGCUCCGAAACCCUGUGACCGGUACAUCAGUCGGUUCGAUUAUUACGAACCGGAUUAUUCCCGCAGUGGCCGACAUGCAGGCGAGCAUGCAAGCUGUAUGGGAACUUGCACGUCCAUUCCACGGUCUCAAGGCUGUAUCGCGUCUGCAAGACUCCGAUAACCUGACCAGUCAUGUCUUGCUGAGGGACUGGGCCUUGAGAGGCCGCGAUCCUGACGCCUGGCAACCUGUCCUGGAUGGCAACUUCCCCUGCAACCGAGUUUUGAACGUAGCUCGUGCCUUGUCUGGUGUUCGCUGUGGUCCCACUUACGAGAUACCGCUGCUUGAGGAAGAAUUCAAUUACCCAGCUGUGCAGGUAUUUGAAACCUCCUUUGAUCGCCAGCAUGAACGCAACACAACCUACACUGUUUCGAGUGAUCGGCAGCGGGCCGAGGAGAAGACAGAAAGGAAUAGGAAACGUGCGUUACAGGCCGUUGUUCCCUCAUCUGCCAAUGAUCUUCGUAAAGAACUCCUGCGACGCUUUGCUGGCGGUUAUCGGGAGUCUGGCUCGUCAUAUCUGAAGAUUCCUGCCCACAUCACAGAGCCUGUAUUCCGGCUCAACAACUCGGAUGGCUCAUUGAUGGCGUGGGUAUGUCGCGCUAUGGGGGAACGCAUGAGGACUACCCUCUUCGCAACGCUACAAAUCGCCCUUGGCCGCUUAGUGGCUCUUCAGAACGUUGAUUCCCAGCAGACAGGAAAUACGCUCUUUCAUUUCCUAGUCUGGCAUUUUUCUCUGUACAAUCGGCAUGCCACCCAGGGGACAGGCGCACCCAAAACUGUGCAUCCAGAAAAUCUGCGGCGGUCAGGAGUGAAGACGAAUAUCUCACAAGCCCUCCCUUAUGCGUCAGCCGACAUGCGUGAAUUCCGUUCAGUCUAUGAGGAGCUUGAGGUUGUCUUUCAAGACCUCUUUGCCUGGGUGCGCCAGACGCUACACCAUUACCUCAAGGAUGAGAUGAACGAGAUCGUAAUCUCUAUAGAGCGGCUCCCAGGAUCGCAGAGCUCACCCACUGCACCGUUUGCGGGUUUGGUGGUCAACGUCAACGUCAUCACAAGAAUGCACCGGGAUAAGAAAGAUAAGAAGUUCUGCUGUAUUAUUGCACUGGGUGACUGGGAGGGUGGGGACCUUUGCUUCUAUGAGCAAGGUCUUGUCUUUCCUCUACGCUCAGGCGAUCUCAUUGUCUUCCGCUCGUCAGAGACCACUCACUUCAACCUCCACUUCCGCGGACGCCGUGCGUCAUUGGUUCUUCAUACUGACCGUGAGCUUGACGCAUUCGAGGACAACGACAAUCAUUGGGGUGAUCAUUUACAUUAG